AUGAAACCCCGCGACGCGAGCGAACAGCUCCGAGCGCGUGAGCUGUGGCGCCCGUCCGUCGAGACGGCGCUGGCGCUGCUCGCGUUCCCCCGCGCUGUGUCUGCACUGGUGAGUCCCAUUGCGGACUGCGACGAGACGUUCAACUACUGGGAACCGCUGCACUAUUUGCUCUACGGCUUUGGGUUCCAGACGUGGGAGUACUCGCCCGUGUAUGCCCUCCGCUCGUACGCAUAUCUACUGGCGCACUACGGGACCGCCAAAGUGCUGUCAGUUGCCCUCACGCUGCGCCUCUUCCCGCUUGACAAACUGCUGCUGUUCUACGGGCUGCGCGCGAGUUUAGGUCUGCUAUGUGCCUACGCAGAGGCGCAGUUCUACUACUCGACCAGCAAGUGCUUUGGUCGACGGACAGCGCGCUAUUUGCUGUGCCUGUUGCUCGUGAAUGCCGGUAUCUUCCAUGCAAGCACUGCGCUGCUGCCCAGCUCGUUCACGAUGGUUCUCAUUAUGCUCUUUACAAGCGCGUGGAUGGACAAGCGCUACUAUCGCGCAUUGGGGUACGGAAUAGUGGCUGUACUGUGUGGCUGGCCGUACGUAGGUGUUCUCUUUGUCCCAUUUACGGUCGAGACACUCUACGCUCGUGGAUGGACGAAGAGCAUCUUGGCGGGCGUAGCUAUUGGUGGAGCGGUUUUGGCGCUAGAAUUGCUUGUCAAUCAUUACUACUAUCGCCGCUGGGUUCUCCCGGCGUGGAACAUUCUCGUUUACAACGUGCUGAGCAACGAGACGGACUCGACGCUGUACGGAACGGAAGCGCUGAGUUACUAUGUCAUGAACUUGGCACUCAAUUUCAACGUGGUGGCUAUAUUGGCAGUGCCUGUGGCGCUGUUUGUUUUCAUGCUGCCGAUGGAUUGUGAGGCUGGGAGAAUGCAAUUGCUGGCGUAUUUGUCCCCCAUGUAUAUUUGGCUGAUGAUCAUGUUCAGCCAGGCACAUAAGGAAGAGCGGUUUUUGUCCCCUGUGUACCCACUCAUCUGUCUCGCGGCUGCAACCACAUUGAGUGCAGUGGUGUGCCGCAUCGGACGAUUGUUCAGUCACGCCAGUUCCGUGGGUCGUGUGCUCUCGCACUUGUUCGUAGUAGGCACGUUGGGCAUUUUUUCAGUGUUGUCCGUUUCCCGAGUGGUAAGCAACGUCCUCAACUUCGGCGCCCCGCUUCGUGUGUACCAGCAUCUCUAUGCCCAGGUGCUACUGAAUCCUGAGACCAGUGUGCUCGUUGAAGGCACGACGGCAGCAACAUUUACAGAGAACUUGUGCAUCAUGAAAGAAUGGUACCGUUUUCCGACAAGCUUUUUCAUCCCAACCAACCGCACCAAGGUGCAAUUUGUCAAGUCGUCGUUCGCAGGCCUUCUGCCGAAGCCUUUCGAGGAGCACGAAAACGGCACUUCGAUUAUUCCCAGCGCUAUGAACGACCGAAAUCGCGAGGAGGCGAGUCGAUACGUGUCCAUCGAGGUUUGCGACUAUGUUGUCGACCUGAACUUGCCCAACCAGAAAGAAGUCAAGCUGUGGGAGGAGCCUGCAAAGUGGGAGCUUGUGCAUUCAGAGCCGUUUUUGGACACAGAGCGAUCCAAGUCGCCUUACCGAUCGUUUUACAUCCCUAUGCUGACGCCUCAGCACGUCCAUUACGUAGAUUAUGCGAUUUACAAGCGCAAGCAAGCUGCAGCUAACCGUGAAACAAGCACAAGCGUGUAG